UCUAUAGGAGAGCGUUUUGCUUGGGAACACUUGGUCGACGGACGCUUCACCAAAUCAUCUAAAACGAAAAAAGCCAGUAUGUCUAGUUUCAUCAUCAGCUGGCUGGUUCUCCUUGCAACAUGUUUAACCUUCGUUGACAGUCGAGACAAUUUUGGAUUGGGCCAGUGGUCAGCAUGGGGUCCGUGCAAAACAAACGGACCAUGUGGAACAGGAACACGAACUAAAUCUAGAUGUUUCUGGUUCUACGGGAGAUGCAUUAUUUCACGUCGAAAAAGGGCUUGUUAUGUACCUUGCACACAAGAUAGCUGGUCAACGUGGGGAUCAUGGACAAAAUGUUCUGCGCCAUGCGAAGGAACACAAUUGCGAACGCGUACAUGUACUAACUAUCCAAGAGGAAACUGUCUUGGAAAUGAUCGUGAGACGAGGCAAUGUGGAGCAAGAAAAUGCACAACAACUCCACCACUAGUACAUGGUGGAUGGUCUGAAUGGAGUAAAUGGGGCGAGUGUUCCGUGACGUGUGGUGGAGGCAGGCAAUCACGAACACGCACGUGUACAAACCCAGCACCAGCCAAUGGUGGACGUAACUGCGAGGGACUUAGUUCAGAAACACGAAUAUGUGCAGUUCAAACAUGUCCAACACCACCACCUAAAAUACAUGGUCAAUGGACAACAUGGGGUUCAUGGGGUGCGUGCUCGGCCAGGUGUGGUGGAGGCAGCCAAUCACGAACACGAACAUGUACAAACCCAGCACCAGCCAAUGGUGGACGUAACUGUGUGGGUAACAGUUCUGAAACCCAAAAAUGUGCUCAAACCACUUGUCCACCAGGUUGUCAAGUAGGCCAGACGGUAACAGACAGUUGUAGUCAGCGGUGUGUCUGUGGUGCGGGUGGUACCUUGACUCAGUGUACUCGUAUCAGAAAAGAGUUUACCUCCAUGACAACAGCUGAACGUGAACGAUACAUACGAGUCGUAAAAGAAGCAUCCACCAAUUCUAAAUACAAGCCCCGGUACGACACACUAAUCACCCUCCACAGGAACAUAUUCUUUAAUAACGGUAUCCAUGAUAAACAACACUUCUUAACCUGGCAUCGUUGGUACAUCCUCACCUAUGAAAACCUUCUCAGAGAGGUUGACUGUAACUUUACUGUAGCUUACUGGGACUGGAGUAUGGUUUCUGGGAGUCCUUGGAGCACAUCAGCAUCAAACGUUUGGUAUGGAGGAGACAGCGGUUUUGGAGGUGACGGCACAACAAGCGAUAACUGUGUUACUACUGGUCCAUUUAGAUUAGGCGUCUGGGAACUUCCGCAUUCAGUUAGUCCCCCUCGAUGUUUAAAGAGGCGAUUCGAUGGCAUCCCACCUGAUAGUGUUGCUGUCACGCAAUUGAUAGAUUUUCCCGUCUCAAGAUUUCAUGACUUUGAAUCAACGUUGCGACUUAACUUGCAUGACACGGUACAUUGUUUGAUUGGAGGAACCAUGUGCACGACUGACUCUUCUUCUGCUCCUGAGUUCUUCUUGCACCAUGGAAUGGUCGAUAAGAUCUGGGCAGACUGGCAGAAGAAAAGCAAUGCCCACCAGACAGCAUUUUUUGCCUCGGUGAAUCAAGCUUUGCCAGGAACAAGUGGUCUUCUUCCUAGCCAGUUUCUUGACAACAACGCGUUACCUGGUGGCGUAAGGGUAGAAUGGCAAGACGUUGGUAACACUCCUGCUGCCAGGGUAGUCGGUAGACUGAGAGCUCUCGCUCCUAGAAUGCUCAAACAGAUCCCACGUGAGCGCUUCAGUAGCAUGAGUAAGGCUGCAAUGAAACUGUUCAAGGUCAGUGCUGAAGAAGCAGCACAAGCAGAGAAGAUGGAUAAAGAAAUCCAACCCGAGAUAGUAAGCCCAAAAUCCAAGGCCUCUCGAAUGGAUAAGAAACUGGGAUUCGACCAUAAAGUCCUAGAUUCAAUGUAUUCGUUGGCAGAGGAUCGUCGUUCUAGGGAUCGUGAUCAGCUGACGUCGUCUCUCCACUAUCUAGGAAAAAAGGCACAAACCAGGAUGUCUAGUUUCAUCAUUAGCUGGCUUGCUCUUCUUGCAACAUGUUUAACGUUUGUUCACAGUCUAGAACCUGACGGCCAGUGGGGAUCAUGGAGCGUCUGUUUGCCAUUGAAAGAGCCGUGUGGUGUUGGCAAAAGAGUACGAACUCGAUGUUACUGGUUCUAUGGCAAAUGUUAUAAAUUAAGACAAUCAAAGAAAUGCAAAGUUCCUUGUGAUGUUACUGAUGGCCAAUGGUCCACCUGGGGUUCAUGGAGUUCGUGUUCAGCAGUCCCGUGUGGUGGUGGCAGCCAAUCACGAACACGCACGUGUACAAACCCAGCACCUGCCAAUGGUGGAAGUAACUGCGACGGACCUAGUUCAGAAACCCAAGCAUGCAUGGUACCUUGUCCACCUCCACUACCUGGAUGGUCUGACUGGGCUUCAUGGAGUUCGUGCUCAGCCACGUGUGGUGGAGGCAGCCAAUCAAGAACACGCACCUGUACAAACCCACCACCAGCCAAUGACGGGCGAAGCUGUGAGGGAACCAGUUCAGAAACAAAAUCAUGUGCAACAAAUACUUGUCCACCUCCCAAAAUUGAUGGUGGAUGGUCUGACUGGACUUCAUGGAGUUCGUGUCCAGUAACGUGUGGUGGAGGCAGCCAAUCACGAACACGCACGUGUACAAACCCACCACCAGCCAAUGGUGGUGCAGAUUGCCAAGGAAACAGUAGACAGACUCGAUAUUGUGCAACAAACACCUGUCAACCAGGAGGGUGUCAAGCAGGCCAGACUGUGACAGAUAGUUGUGGUCAGCGGUGUGUCUGUGGUGCGGGUGGUACCUUGACUCAGUGUACUCGUAUAAGAAAAGAGUUUACCGCCAUGACGACAGAUGAGCGAGAAAGAUAUAUACGAGUGGUUAAAACAGUUUCUACUGAUGCAAGAUAUAAAUCCCGGUACGACACAUUAAUCACCCUCCACAAGACCAUAUUUUUUAAUAACCGUAUUCAUGAGCAACAACACUUCUUAACCUGGCAUCGUUGGUACAUCCUCACCUAUGAAAACCUACUCAGAGAGGUUGACUGUAGAGUCACCGUACCUUACUGGGACUGGAGUGUAGUUUCUGGAAGUCCUUGGGGCACAUCAGCAUCAGACGUUUGGUAUGCAGGAGACAGUGGUAUGGGAGGUGACGGCACAACAAGAGAAAAUUGCGUUACUACCGGUCCAUUUAGAUUAGGCGUCUGGGAACUUGUGCCUUCAGCACCGCGUCCUCGAUGUUUGAAGAGGAGUUUCUUUGGUAAUCCCCCAGACAGUGCUGCUGUGGCAGACCUAGUAAAACUUCCUGCCUCACGGUUUGAAGACUUCGAGGUAACGUUAAGAGUCAAUUUGCAUGACACGGUACAUUGUUUGAUCGGUGAAACCAUGUGCACUACUGAUGCUGCAAGCGCUCCGGAGUUUUUCUUGCACCAUGGAAUGGUCGAUAAGAUCUGGACAGAUUGGCAAAAGAACAGUAAUUCUCAUCGGACGGUAUUUUUCCCCUCGGUGAAUGAGGAACUUCCAGGAACAGACGGUCGUCUUCCCAGCCAGUUUGUCGAUAACGCAGCGUUACCAGGAGGAGUCAGGGUGGAGUAUUUACCAAUUAGUGGUUCUGUAGCUGCUGAUGUCGUAAAUCGACUAAGAGCUUUAAGUCCAGAACAAAUAAAAAUGAUUCCUCGUGAACGGUUUAGCAGCAUUGACAGCCGUGCGAUAAACCUGUUUAAAGUCAGCGCAGAAGAUCAAGCAAGAGCCAAGAAAAUGGACAGCGAAAUCCAACCUGAACAGGAAAUGAUUCCACCAUCGGAGGCUUCGGUUGUAGAUAAGAAACUUGGUUUUGACCAUAACGUUGUAGUAAAAUGAGAUAAAUUUAUAAGUACAUUAACUAACAAAUAAAAACAGCCUCCCUUUCUGUGCUUUGUUCAAUAAUAAAGCACGUACUAAGCAGCGUAAACCCGAAGAGAAAUGUUAAGAGAGACACACGAGCCAUAGGCGAGCUUUUCAAACUUCUUGCAUGCUUUCGGCGCUUUCUAAAUCGGUGCUUUAUUACUGAACGGAGCACGGACAAAAAAGUGGUUAUAUUAAGACAUCGGGAUAGCUCACUCUAGUUGGUGGUUUAGCUGCUAUUAAGAAUAUCAAUGCGCCUUGCACUUUCACAAUGACAUAGACUCACAGAGUCAACCCACCGCACACAGCCACACGCACGUGUAUCUAACACGCUCCGCAAUAUAUAGACUUCGAGUUUGUAAUCAAAUAGCCAAAUGUAUUGAAGAAGGGGGGAAUAAACCAUAAACGUAGAACUGUGCGAA